AUGGAGCGACUGCUGACGAGUCUUCACGACUUGCUGGACCCAGAAACCGACACCCCUCCCCCGCAAGAUGCUCACAAGGCCUUUCUACCCUUGAGCCUGAAGUGUUCGAUUCUGCACAACGUGGCGUGCGGCCUAGCCUACCUCCACGAGCGAUCGCCGCCCAUCAUCCACCGUGACCUGUCGGCCAGAAACAUCCUCCUCAACUCGGGAAUGGUGGCCAAGAUUGUCGACUUGGGCGUGGCUCGUAUCGUUCCUCGUAUGAGGGCUGCUGCCACCAUGACAAAGGGCCCUGGGACAUCAAUCUACAUGCCUCCAGAGGCGGUUGAUCCUGCAGAAGUCAACGCCGAAAAAUCGAAAUACGACGCUAGUAUUGAUGUGUUCUCAUUUGGAGUUGUCACCAUCUUCACAAUCGGCGAAGUCUUCCCCUGUGAUCCUCUUGCUGCAACAUAUCUUGACGAAAAAGGUGAGGUAAUGGGUCGCACUGAAUUGCAGCGACGCAGUGUGUACAUGCGAUAUGUGAACGAGAAACUCCGUGCCUGUGGCCAGCUCCGUGGGGACCACCCUCUCAUUAGGCUAAUCCAGCAAUGCAUGCACAACGACACCCACAAACGUCCGGGCAUUCGCGAGGUGCUGCGUCUGUUGGAGGGGGCCAGAGCUGGAGCCAGAGACAACGGAUGGGAAGAGGAAGAGCAGAGUGCGAGGGAGAGGCGAGAAAUGAGACGAGAGAUAGAAGCAGAGUUGAGAAGGACUAUCAGGAGAGAGGAGAGAGAACCUGUGCUUCAUAGACUACGCAACGCCAUUCCUCUAGCCAGUAUAAAAGAGAAGCUAUCCUCCAUUAAAGAUACCAUCUCUGCUUGUCUCUGCCAGUGUUGUGAGAUGAGGUGUUGCAGAGGAGGACAGAAGAAGUGGAGACUGAUAUUCAUUGCCCUCAACAUCCUCUACCUGAUGAUUGGUGCGACACUAAUUGGCGUAGGGACAGACCCUAUGACCGACUCUGCCUUGCUCUACAUUCUCCCUGGGAUCCUCGCCGUGCUGUUAUCGCUCGUCGGGAUAAUUGGCACUCUUGGAAAGUGGUACCGUAUGCACACUUGGUAUGCAGGUUUGCAGGCAGGGGCUUUUAUUGCCAUCAUAAUAGCUGGGGUUUCGGUUAUCAUGAACAGGUCUGAGACGGCAGAAGAUAGUUUGCCUGAAGACAUUCGUGCCUACACUGUCAAUGGUACAGACAGUAAUGCCAACAGAUUCGUAGACCAAGCUCAAGAAGAGUUUAAUUGCUGUGGAUUCAAUGGGCCAGAUGACUGGGUCAACACCACGUAUUUCGAGGAGACAAGAGGAAUGCUACCUCAGAGUUGUUCGUGUGGCAAUCUCAACUGUGGAAGCUGUAUUCCGUUUGGAGAAGAAUGUGACUCGAAUAGACCUGGAAAGAAUUUAGUGUGGGCACGGGGUUGCAAGGGACGUGUCGGAGAGGAAAUGGAGGAAAGUCUUGUUGUAGGUGCUGGUACAAUGAUGGCUUUCAGUGCCAUCCAA